UCUCAAAUGGUUCUCUCUCGGCCACUUAACUUGCCCCACCACAAUGCAAGAACUCUGGGACGAUUCCGUCACUCCGAACCGGACCCUCCACCAGCUGAUCCACACCUGGUUUUCCCAAAAGUACUUGGCCUUGAAAAAGCGGUCCGAGGACGUUCAAGGCAGAGUUCUAGAGCUCUUGGAUUCGUUGAAGAGAGUCAAGGGCCAAGCUAGGGUUCAGUCCCUUAAAGAUCUCCGACAUGUCGUCACCGCCCACUCCUCCGCCAAGAAGAUGGUUGUCGACAACGGCGGCGUCGGCUUAAUCUCCUCUCUUUUGGGCUCUUUCACUUCCCACGCCGUCGGGUCCGAAGCCGUGGGGAUCCUCGUCAAUUUGGAUCUCGAUUCGGAGCUGAAGAAGAAUCUGAUUCAACCCACCAGAAUAUCGCUAAUCGCGGAUAUUUUAAACGAAGGCUCCAUAGAAACCAAAAUUAAUUGCACGAAAUUCAUCAAAAUGUUGAUGGACGGCGAGGAUUUGAGAUCGGAAAACGUCUCCAGUUUAAGCCUCUUGGUCGGAUUGUUGAGAAUGGUGAAGGAUCAGAGACACCCAACCGGAGUAUCCGCCGGACUCAGUUUACUCCGAUCGCUCUGUUCCAACGAACCAAUCAGAAAGCAACUCGUCAGCAUCGGCGCCGUCGCGAAACUCGGCGGCGCCCUCUCCGGUCUAAACCCCGAUUGCCUGGAAUCAGCGCUCUAUAUUCUCGAGGUGUUAUCGUCGCUUCCAGAAGGAAGAAUCGCGUUGAAAGACUGCGAGGAUACGAUUAGGAAUUUGGUGAAAUUGUUGAUGAAAGUGUCGGAGAUUUGUACUCAAUUUGCGCUGUCGAUCUUGUGGGCGGUUUUCAAGUUGGCUCCGGAGGAAUGCGCGGUGCUGGCGGUGGAGGCCGGUUUGGCGGCGAAGCUGCUGCUUAUGAUCCAAAGUGAGUGCAAUAAUUCAGAGCUGAAACAGAGAUCCAUAGAGCUAUUGAAAUUGUGUAGUCUAAAUUACCCGGAUUCUACCUUCAUUUCCAAGUGUAAGCUUACCAGAACUAUACAAUAAAAAGAUAGCUUGUCAAAAUUGUUCAUA